AGAGUCACAAUUGCAAUAUGACUACAACCGGUAUUAAGCGGGUCCUCUCCAUUCAAAGCCACGUAGUGCACGGCUAUGUGGGCAAUAAGGUGGCUACUUUUCCUCUACAGCUCCUCGGUUUCGAUGUGGAUCCGUUGAAUUCCGUACAGUUUUCUAACCACACGGGCUACAAAACCUUCAAGGGUCCAAUAUCCACUGAAUUAGAAUUGGCAAACAUAUUCGAGGGGCUGGAGGAGAAUAAUCUACUGGGACAUUAUUCCCAUUUAUUAACGGGAUAUAUUGGCAAUCCGUUAUUCCUGCGAAAAGUAGGGGAAAUUCUGCGAAAAAUCCGUAAAGCAAAUCCUAGUCUGAUUUAUGUAUGUGAUCCAGUCAUGGGUGACAACGGCAGCAUGUACGUUCCUAAGGAGCUACUGCCCGUAUAUCGGGAUGAGAUCAUUCCAUUAGCAGAUAUUGUAACGCCCAACCAAUAUGAAGUGGAGCUACUCACUGGCAAGGAGGUUCGCAGCGAGGCAGCUGUUUGGGAGGCAAUGGAUUGGUUCCAUGAACGCAAAAUAAAGACGGUUGUCAUUUCCAGUAGUGACCUAGGUCAGCCGGGAAUUCUUCGCGCGUUUCUCAGCCAGAUAAAUGGGCCACGGCUUGCAAUCGAUAUUCCCAAGCAAGGCGACAAAGACCUGUUUUUCACUGGUACCGGGGAUCUCUUUGCCUCACUCUUUUUGGCACACAGCCACGCCAGCGGUGAUGUUACCGAAGCUUUCGAGAAGACCAUUGCUACCCUGCAGGCCGUAAUAAAGCGAACAGUUGAACAACUGCCCAGGCGAGCAACUGCUGUUCAGGCCUGGGAACGGGAGCUUAAACUCAUGCAAAGCAAAUCGGAGAUCGAACACCCCAAGGUGAUGCUUAAAGCCGAACGCAUCAACUAGAUCAGCACAGCGUGCACUCAACCAGACAGACAAUAAAAUGAACAAUACCUAUCUAAUCCAAAU